AUGCUUCGCCCUCACGCACGACAAGGCCAUAUAGUCCCUUCCCUUGCUGCCACACUGAUCUCGGUCGCCAGCCUCUGCCACGCUGGAUACCAAGUUCUCUUCACCAACGCAGAUGUCCAAAUUAUCGACAGCCAAUCCAAUCAAGUCGUCCUACAAGGCCAGCGCGACCCAGCAAGCAACCUGUGGCACAUACCAUCACAGGCUACCGGGCCUGCCCAGAUCCAGAUCCACUCCGCUAACAAAAUUGGCGACCCAACUGAAGCUGAUCUCAUCGCCUAUGCCCAUGCCACUCUAUUCUCUCCAGUCCUCUCGAGAAUCGAAUUUGCUCUCCGCAAUAACUUCCUGACAAACUUUCCAGGAUUAACUACGGCCGGUCUCCGACGCAACCCACCCCAAUCUAUUGCCACGGCCAAAGGACACCAAGACCAGACCAGACAGAACCUCCGAUCCACAAAAACCAAACCAACGAUCAUUCCCAAUGACGACACCAACCCACCAAUCCAUGCCGAAGAUGAUGACCUCCAACCAAACCACAUCACUGCACGCACACAUCAAUGCUAUGCUACAUUCUUCGCAGCUACGGGCCAAGUCUACACUGAUCAAACCGGAAAAUUUGUCUCACCAUCAUCAACUGGCAACAACUACAUUAUGAUCCUAUACGACUAUGACAGCAACCACAUUUUUGCCGAGCCAUUCCCCAACCGUCAAGCCGCCACCAUCCUCAAAGCCUAUCAGCGCCUCCAUCAACGACUAUGCCUAGCAGGGCUCAAACCACAACUGCAACGACUUGACAACGAAUGUUCCACUAUCCUCAAGAAUUUUCUCCACGCAUCUGAAAUCGACUUCCAAUUAGUUCCUCCUGGAAUGCACCGUCGCAACUCAGCCGAACGAGCCAUCCGCACCUUCCAAAACCACUUCAUCGCCGGCCUGUGCAGCACUGAUAAAGAUUUCCCCAUCCACCUGUGGGACCAGAUCCUUCCGCAAGCUGAAAUCACAUUGAAUUUGAUGCGCGCCUCUCGACUAAAUCCCAAGCUCUCGGCGUACGCUCAAAUUUGUGGACAGUUCGACUACAACAGAACGCCAAUGGGCCCCCCGGGAUGUCGCGUCCUUGCACACGAAAAACCUGCUACACGACAAACCUGGGCGCCACAUGGUCUCGACGGAUGGUAUGUCGGUCCAGCCAUGGAUUCCUACCGGUGCUACCGCAUCUGGAUUUACGACACUCGCGCUAUUCGCAUCUGCGACACUGUCACCUGGUUCCCCACAAAAGUCCGCAUGCCUGACAGCUCCUCCAACGCCAUCAUUAUGUCAGCCCUACAAGAUAUCAAGCAUGCCCUACUUCAUCCCAGCCCACGUACUCCCAUUGCUCCCCGCAGUGAUUCAAUGACAGAAGCAUUACGCCAACUCGUUGAAGUGAUCGAAAACGUUCAACUACCACGGGAACCUCCUGCGCCACUUCUAAGGGUGCCGAAGGAAAACCAAACCACUACCGCACCUGCAACCCAGCUCCCUAUUCCAGUGUCGUCCCCUCCACCUGCCUUAAAACACCAUGAUCUACAGGACGACACCCAUUCCAUCCGACCCGUCCCCAACAAUGACAAUCGGGCCGAUGCCCCCACCAAUGCACCCACACUCAUUCCACCAGACAUUGAACCUACAACACCCAAAACUGUCCAGUGGAAGCCACCAGCCAAUGACCCUGCUAUUGCCACCACGCCUCGACUAUUUCCCAAAGAAAGUUGGCCAACUCCAACAUACGGUGCCCUCACAAGCCCCGCAGUCAGAGCCACAAAACGAAAAGCACGACGACUCACCAACCAGACCAAACAAAACAUGCAACAAACAGCACCACGUUCCAAACCCAUGGUCCUAGCACCCAAACGUCGCAGCACUCGUACCACCAAACCAACCUACAAGAAAUCCGUCCAAGCCAAUGCAAGUAGCUUCACCCCUCUAACUGACCCCCACUACUGCCUCCAUGGCACAGCCAUCAAUCCUGACACAGGCAAAGUGGCCGAAUACCCUGAGCUCCUCAAGUCGUCAGCCGGCCACGAAUGGAGCGACGCCAACGAUGAAGAAAUGGGACGCAUGUGCACUGGACUCGGACCAAAAUCCCACAUGCCUACAGGAACACAAACCCUGGAAUUCAUUCACCGCCGUGACAUCCCCAAAGACAAAGUUGUCACAUAUGUUCGCAUUGUAUGUGCCGAUCGCCCAGAAAAGGCCCAAGUCCACCGCGUCCGAUACACAUUGGGCGGCGACAAGAUCGUCUACCUUGGUAACAAGACCACCAAAACUGCCGACAUCCAAACCAUCAAGAUCCUUCUCAACAGCACCAUCAGCACCCCAGGCGCCCGCUUCGCCACCAUUGAUCUCAAGGACUUCUACCUUGAGACCGAUCUCCCGGAACCCGAAUAUGUCCGCAUCCCUGUCAGCGUACUAUCCAAAAAGAUAAUUGACCUAUACCACCUCCAUGACAAGAUCCACAAAGGCUUUGUUUACUGCAAAGUCAAGAAGGGCAUGUACGGGCUUCCCCAAGCGGGCAAACUUGCCAACGAUGAUCUCCGCCAAUACCUCAAACCCCACGGAUUCAUCCCAUGUGAACAAACCGCGGGACUCUGGAAAGACACCACGUCCGACCUCAUGUUCUCCCUGGUUGUCGACGACUUUGGUGUUCGCUACACUGCCAAGUCCAACAUUGAACGACUCAUUACCGUCCUCCAAGGAAAAUACAAAACAUCGGUUGACUGGACCGGGUCCCGCUACAUCGGCAUGCAGAUCGAUUGGGACUAUGAAAAUGGCACCGUUGAUAUAUCCAUGCCUGGUUAUGUCGAACGCGCCCUACAACGCUUCACUCACCCAGCUCCCACACGCCAUGAAUCCUCUCCUCACGCCUGGAUUGCUCCGGUCUACGGAUCUCGCCAGCAAUUUGCUACCACCGACGAUUCCCCAUUUUUAGACGUCAAGGACCAAACGACCAUCUCUGAGGUGGUUGGAACCUUCCUCUAUUAUGGCAGAGCAAUCGAUCUCUCCAUGCUACCUGCCCUUGGCACCAUCGCUGCCCAACAAGCACAACCAACGGUCAACACAAUGAAAGCAGUCACCCAGUUUUUGAAUUAUGCCGCUUCCAACCCUGACGCCAAGGUUCGCUUCUAUGCCAGUGGUAUGCAUCUGUACAUCGAGAGCGAUGCCUCCUACCUCUCCGAAUCCAAAGCACGCUCCCGUGCCGCAGGAUACCACUACCUGGGCCCUGCUCCAACGGACCUCAAAAACAUCACACCGCCUCCGCGAAAUGGUGCCAUUUCCGUCCCAUGCAAAAUUCUCAAGAACGUCCUGGCAAGUGCUGCUGAAGCUGAACUUGCAGGCCUCUUCAUCAAUGGCCAAGAGGCCAUCCCUGAACGUGUUACCCUUGCAGAACUUGGGCAUCCACAAGGGCCCACUCCCCUAACAACUGACAAUGCCACCGCCAACGGCAUUGCCAACGACUCUAUCAAACAAAAACGCUCCAAGGCCAUGGACAUGCGCUUCUUCUGGAUCCGCGAUCGCGUCCGCCAAGGCCACUUCCAUGUCUACUGGACCAAAGGCUCCUUGAAUCUUAGCGAUUACGUCACCAAACACCACCCGGGCAAACAUCACCGCCGUGUCCGUCCAGCCUAUUUCCAUACGCCAACGUCCAACCGCUUUGCCCCAUUGACUGAACUCUAA